AUGCUGACCAAGAGCCGUGGCCAGGGCGUGAUCCCGCUGGCCCCAGUGGCCAAAUCCCUGUGGACCUGCACUGUGGAGUACUGCUGCAUCCUCUAUGACGUUUACCCCCCUCAAGAAGAUAGUGAGUCCCUCCCUCCAUCCCUUAGCCUGGUGGUCCAGUCUGUUUUAGCCCAGGUCAGAACAGAGUCUAGUCUGUUUGUGCUUUGGCCAACUUCUCUCUGUGUUCAUUCAUAUUCCAAGUUGGCCACAGGACAAUACAAUGCUUCAGUGGUUAUGUUUCAGGUCAACUACAUUCUGAGUGUUUCAGAGUUCCACAUUCUGAACAGCUGGAGGCAAGAGGACCAAAGCACUCAUAAGGUAAUGUAUUUCCCAGUUCGAGAGACAGAUACUUAUUUAUCAACAGGGCAACAAUUGACCCUUCGCUAAACCCUGCCCCCCUUGGUAACUGUUACUAACUCAGGCAAGUUUAGCCUUUUAUCUUCCAGAGAACAUGGAGAAAUGCAUUGUAAUAACACUAAGAUAAACUGACUAAGUACCUCUUUGGUGAGUUGAGACAACCAUCACUUAUAUCAGAUAGGAGUAGAUAAAAGGGCCUUCAAUAUGCUUUUGUCGGUUAUAUUCACUAAAUAAAAAUAACGCAGGAGCGCAACACAACAAGCAGGAGGACUGGGAUAGAAGCAAAAGCCAACCGGGCCCAGUGUAAGAGGGAGAAACCCCACCAGCUGACCAUCGAGGCAGAGGCAGAUUAAAUAAAGGAGCAACAUUGUUCAUGUACUGCACAGUAGGUCUCACAAUCAUUAAAAAAUCUAACGCAUACUACAUUGUGUACAAUAUCAGCUGUAGCUAGCGGUUAUGCUGACGUAAACAACCAACGACUUCGCCCCAACAAACAUACUGUUCUAUGCUAGCUCCACUGGUUACUGCUCACAUGUUGUCGGGCUGAUCCACACCCUGGACCUCUGGAGAGCCCAAGAUGAAAUGUCCACCACAAGCUUGCCACAACAGUGGCAUAAGCCAAGAGGCAAGAAGAUUGAUGCCAAGCCUAUUACAGCGGUCGUGGUGGAAAAGGAAAAUGUGAGUUGGAAGAGAAGACCAGUCUAGUGCAGUUACAACUUUGACAGGUGAGCUACACGUGAAUGCAUUAUUGACAUCUAAUGCAUGUAAUAACCAAUUCAACCACAAGAGGCUAUAACAACACAGAAGCAAGUCCAUUAUACAGUGGGGGAAAAAAGUAUUUAGUCAGCCACCAAUUGUGCAAGUUCUCCAACUUAAAAAGAUGAGAGGCCUGUAAUUUUCAUCAUAGGUACACGUCAACUAUGACAGACAAAAUGAGAAAAAAAAUCCAGAAAAUCACAUUGUAGGAUUUUUAAUGAAUUUAUUUGCAAAUUAUGGUGGAAAAUAAGUAUUUGGUCAAUAACAAAAGUUUCUCAAUACUUUGUUAUAUACCCUUUGUUGGCAAUGACACAGGUCAAACGUUUUCUGUAAGUCUUCACAAGGUUUUCACACACUGUUGCUGGUAUUUUGGCCCAUUCCUCCAUGCAGAUCUCCUCUAGAGCAGUGAUGUUUUGGGGCUGUCGCUGGGCAACACAGACUUUCAACUCCCUCCAAAGAUUUUCUAUGGGGUUGAGAUUUGGAGACUGGCUAGGCCACUCCAGGACCUUGAAAUGCUUCUUACGAAGCCACUCCUUCGUUGCCCGGGCGGUGUGUUUGGGAUCAUUGUCAUGCUGAAAGACCCAGCCACGUUUCAUCUUCAAUGCCCUUGCUGAUGGAAGGAGGUUUUCACUCAAAAUCUCACGAUACAUGGCCCCAUUCAUUCUUUCCUUUACACGGAUCAGUCGUCCUGGUCCCUUUGCAGAAAAACAGCCCCAAAGCAUGAUGUUUCCACCCCCACGGUUCACAGUAGGUAUGGUGUUCUUUGGAUGCAACUCAGCAUUCUUUGUCCUCCAAACACGACGAGUUGAGUUUUUACCAAAAAGUUAUAUUUUGGUUUCAUCUGACCAUAUGACAUUCUCCCAAUCCUCUUCUGGAUCAUCCAAAUGCACUCUAGCAAACUUCAGACGGGCCUGGACAUGUACUGGCUUAAGCAGGGGGACACGUCUGGCACUGCAGGAUUUGAGUCCCUGGCGGCGUAGUGUGUUACUGAUGGUAGGCUUUGUUACUUUGGUCCCAGCUCUCUGCAGGUCAUUCACUAGGUCCCCCCGUGUGGUUCUGGGAUUUUUGCUCACCGUUCUUGUGAUCAUUUUGACCCCACGGGGUGAGAUCUUGCGUGGAGCCCCAGAUCGAGGGAGAUUAUCAGUGGUCUUGUAUGUCUUCCAUUUCCUAAUAAUUGCUCCCACAGUUGAUUUCUUCAAACCAAGCUGCUUACCUAUUGCAGAUUCAGUCUUCCCAGCCUGGUGCAGGUCUACAAUUUUUGUUUCUGGUGUCCUUUGACAGCUCUUUGGUCUUGGCCAUAGUGGAGUUUGGAGUGUGACUGUUUGAGGUUGUGGACAGGUGUCUUUUAUACUGAUAACAAGUUCAAACAGGUGCCAUUAAUACAGGUAACGAGUGGAGGACAGAGGAGCCUCUUAAAGAAGAAGUUACAGGUCUGUGAGAGACAGAAAUCUUGCUUGUUUGUAGGUGACCAAAUACUUAUUAUCCACCAUAAUUUGCAAAUAAAUUCAUUAAAAAUCCUAGAAUGUGAUUUUCUGGAUUUUUUUCCCUCAAUUUGUCUGUCAUAGUUGACGUGUACCUAUGAUGAAAAUUACAGGCCUCUCUCAUCUUUUUAAGUGGGAGAACUUGCACAAUUGGUGGCUGACUAAAUACUUUUUUCCCCCACUGUAUCUACAACUGUUACAUGUCAUAGAAACCCAUGUUUUAGACAUGGGCAGGUACUUACUGUACAGGCACAAAUCUAUUGUUAGCAGCAGCAGUAGGUUAUGCAGAAACAUAUUUCAGUUUCCACCUCCAUGUUCUCAGGACAGUGUCAGAAGUAACAGAUGGAAGAUUUACAUUGACUGAAAAAUGUCAGGCACACCUAUGAGCUACAUUGCUAACAGGCCCCCAUUAAAAGUAACAGUAGGUGAGGAGGAGUACCUGAUAGGCAGUGGCUUGAGCUACAAGGUAAAGCAAUUCAGAAAACUUUUUAGAUCAAUAAUAUUGUUUUUUAAUAAAUACAAUUAAUAGGAAACAAGCAUAGUCACUGAUAACAAUACUAAUGCAUUGGAUUACAAAGAAGAGUUGCCCUUUCCACAUGCACCCUAUGCUUCACUAUUUUCUUUGUCAUCUCGACAUCUGGUUCAUUUGUAGGUUGGACUUUGCAAAGGGAGGAAUGUUCAAAUCUAAGACCAAUUUCCUCCACAUCUUUCUCAAUGAGAAACUCCUUGUCUGCCAUGAGCCCAUCAUCUCUCUUAAGGUAGCCACAUUGAAGCAGACUUUGCAGUAACUCUGUGAUGUUACUGUAGAAAUAUUUCUCUGUCAGAAAUGGAUCCUGUGUAGAGAGAGGGUGGAUGCAAAUAUAACUGAGCCACGUAGAUUACAUAUUAUCAGAGACUUCAGUGUGUUGCUAGACUUGUAGUUGGAAUAAGUUUGGCUUUGCAGUAGCAGUGAGCUCGGUUUCUCCAUCUUUAACUCUGUGCAAUCUAGUAUUGCAAAGAUUAUUGGAAAAUCUCUCGUAGUUAUCUGGCAUGUUUUCUGUGAUUUUAUGUCAAAAGUGUCUGUUUCAUCAGCACUAGCCGAAACUGCUGACGCAGGGGCAUCUGUUGAAUCUGCCCAUCUACUCUCUUGUAUGUCAAGGGGAUAGUUGUGUGGGGCUGUGUUACGGUAUCGGAAGUAGUUGGAGACACUGCUGUUAUUUACUGACUCUGGCGUUAACGGGUCUGGGGUUUGAGUUUCCUGAAGAGCAUGGAUUUUUUCUUCCUUUUGGGCGAGUUGAAUCUUGAACCUCUCCCCUUCCUCAUUUUUCUUUUUCCAACUGGGGAUGCUCCUCUAUACACUCUGGAAACACAAAAUACGCCAAAUUAUUACAAUAAGAAUUCCUACAGUACAUGAUUUAAACAAGAUGUUGGUAUUUUGUAAUAACUGUUCUUUACACUGUUCUUUUGCAGCUCCCACUAUUGGAGAACACAGAGCCACCACCAUCCUCCUCGAACCCAACUGGUGAGUUCCCAACAUUUCCUCUGCCGCCACAACCAAACUGUUUCUCUACAGUUCUGAAUGAAAAUGAGAUAUAUUACAACAGUGAUAUGAUGAUCUCCCAGUCUGAAGCAGAGGCACUGGAAAAAGAGAAGACAGUAGAGCGACAACAACACCUGGCAUGGCGUCUGCAAUUCUGUGCUUCCAACUUUGUAGCAACAGUUUGGGGAAGGCCCUUUCCUGUUUUAGCAUGACAAUGCCCCCGUGCACAAAGUGAGGUCCAUACAGAAACGGUUUGUCGAGAUCGGUGUGUAAGAACUUUGACUGGCCUGCACAGAGCCCUGACCUCAACCCCAUCGAACACAUUUGGGAUUAAUUGGAACGCCGACUGCGAGCCAGGCCUAUUCGCCCAACAUCAGUGCCCAACCUCACUAAUGCUCUUGUGGCUGAAUGGAAGCAAGUCCCCGCAGCAAUGUUCCAACAUCUAGUGGAAAGCCUUCCCAGAAGAGUGGAGGCAGUUAUAGUAGCAAAGGGGGGACCAACCAUAUUAAUGCCCAUGAUUUGGGAAUGAGAUGUUCAAAGACCAUGUAGUGUAUGUUGCCUAUGUUGUACUUGUGAUUGCACUAAGUUGUGUAGUUAUGUAUGAGUUAUGUAAGUUGUGUAUAACUUAUGUACAAACCCUCCAUAUAAAGGAUAAACGUCUGAAAUGUGCCCUUGAGUGUCUGUCAACAUUUUGGUAAUGUAGGCUAGGUUUGGUUAACCCUCAUAUUACAGUACCUUUUUUUUGGGGAGGUGGCCUGCCUGACUGCAUCUCCUCCAGCAGCUGGAUUUGGGUACUGAAGACUUGCCUUCCCAUCAACAAAGUGCUAAAAUAAUGAUGUAUUUUAGCAAAUAGCCAGCUAAAGAUUUGUGAUACAUGUAACCUAACAAAGUUGCGUUAGCUGGCAUUGUUAACCUUGACGUUAGCUAGCAAAGUUUAGCUUAGUUGUAUAAUGUUAACGUUGUUGCUAACUUUGUCUAGACAGUUUCUUUUUAAUCAUAGUAAUAUAUUGAGAUAUCACAUUAUGCAAAAUGUUAACUUAGUUUCUUACCUUGGAGCAAACAUGUGUCCAUAGCUAUCUUGCUUUCAACUGUGAAUGAAGUCGUCCACAAAGCUUUAUCCACAACCUACACUUUUCCUUUAGAUUUUGUUAAGGGUAGAAAAAAGACUAGCCUCUACAGGCUACUAUUCUACCGUUUUACCAUUUUCUGUUCUAUAUCGUGGAGCUCCGCCCCAUAGGGGAGCUCUGCUCCUAUUGGUUUACCCACUGCCCUAAGGCAGCAUCAGCCUGAGACAAAAUUAUGCACACACGUGCAGCCAAUAGGAGUACAGGUGUCCCUAUAAGAGGGGACGCUUCCCCUCAAUCAGCCUCCCUUUAUCUUCAGUGACUGGACUAGACUGAAGAAGCCAAGAAGAGACGAAGAAAAAGACUCAGGACGAAGAAAACGCCGUCGAAUUCCAGUCAUCGACAUCGUCCAACAAUGAGCACACCAGGAGAUUUUCCACCCCCAAAAGCUCUUUUCAGAGCUCAAUGCAGAUGCUCCUCCAUGGCGGCCGGCGACUCCCACGACUUAUGUUUCGUGUGUUUAGGGUCCCAGCUUGCCAAAGAGGGCGUCUGCAGUCCCCCUAACUGCGCCUCCUGCGCCCUCCUUUCUAUGAAGGAGAGGAAGCAGCGCUGGGCGUUUUUUAGGGAGGAUAUCCCUCUAGAGGACCUGCUGUCAAUACUAGCCUCUGCUUCAGAGGCAUCAUCUGACGGCGCAGACUCAGGAGAUGAUGGGGACUAUAAGGAGGAGGCAGGCAUUCCUAUGGAACAGUCAGACCCCGUCCCUCAUACAUUCAAGCCCCCCUUUCCUUUGGUUAGCGAGAGGGCUUGUAGUUCCUAUGGCGAUGACGACACGGGCUCUGAGAAAUCAGAAGCCCUGUCCUUCGCCGCAGUGUCUCUGAGAACGGACUUUCCCGGACUCAUUGAGAGGGCUGCCAGACGGUUGGAAAUACCGCUGCCCCCUAUUCCCUCUGCACCGGAGGUUGAUUUAAUGGAGGGCGGCCCUUAUUCCAGGCCAAGAAGAGCGGCAGAGCCACUAGCUCCAGCCAUGCCUUCGUUGGCUAAAUACGUAGAGGGCUCAUGGGAGGCACCUUUAGCGGCGCGUUCGCCGGCUAAAUCGAACCUCCCAUUCACUAGAGUGGAGGGAAGGUUCCAGAGCCAAGCUAGGGGAAUCCCCAGGUUAGAGAGCGCCAUGGCGGCGUAUCUCGUACCGGGUUCGAGUCCCUGGCCCUCUUCCAAGAAGGCCACCUUGCCAUCUCAGAAGGACCGUCUCACAGCACAGCUGUUAGAGAAGUCCUUCAAUUUGGGAGCCCAGGCUUUAGCAGCAGCCAAUAACAUUGCCUUCUUGGCAGCCGCUCUGUCCCGUUUAACCACGGGCAAGACAGAGCUGGAGCCAGAGGAGGUGGAGGAGGCGUCUAGGAUCUCUGGCGCCAUCCUGCACCUAACACAGGCAUCGGCCGUCUGCUCGGGGAGGUCCAUGGCCACUUCGGUGGUCGCGGAGCGACACCUCUGGUUGUCCCUGACAACCAUGAAAGAGGCAGACAGGACGUCCCUUUUGAACGCCCCCCUCUCUGACGACGGGCUCUUCGGAGUCGCCGUCAAAGAGGCGACUGAGAGGUUCUCAAAAUUGGAUGAGGAGAAGAAGCAGCUGACCAGACACCUGCCACUGGCAGGGAGGUUAGGCCCUGCACCUCCGCAAAGACCCUCCACUUCCGCCCCCCAGAGUAGACAGGGUUCUACAGCGAGGCGGCGUAUCCGGCGCCAGUCGGCGGCCACAGGAAGCAGGAGAGCGGGCCCAACCCCCCCCAGCAGCCCCGGUGGCCCCAUUGUAGCCGGCGAGGGAAGUGGUGAGAGCGCCAACCUGGGCCCCUAAGGGAGGCCACAAGAGGAGGCGCACAUGACGGGACGCGGGGGAGCGGAUGGAGGACACGUCGGUUUUGAACGUGGCCACUGUUCCCCCCAUCCUUCGGUUGAAGGGAUGGGUGAUGAUGUUAAUGUCUUGACUGAUGUGUUUAAUAAAGAGUUGGCUCCACCUGACUUUGUCAAAAAAGAGCCCCUUUUCCAUAAUACGUCUGAGAGCGUUCAAAUCUCACCCUCUCUUUCCUACCACUCUAAGCGCCGUUCAGCCCACCAGGGGUGCGUUGCUGAACAGGCAUUCAGAGUAGGUACACAUAACACUUCAAGUAUAAGAAGUGCUUCACAUAGCAGGCAGCAGUCUCUGUCAGACUCUGACAUGAUGACGCAGCCGCUAUUUGGGGAUGGCGCACUAAGGUCUCUGUUAGUGCGAUUCAGACCCAUGCUGCGUUCACGGAGGGCCCGAUUACCACGGUCACGAAAGUCUCUAACGUAUCGGCGCCCCCACCUCUUUCUGAACGCGCCAAUGCUCACCACACUGAGCGUAAUUCAGCCCACCAGAGGUGCAGAGUUGAACACGCACAGGAGGUGAAAGGGGAAAAGAUACCAAGACGCCGUCUUGGUUUAUCUCAAAGAGACCUCACAUUACAGACUCCAAGGAGUACUGUAGUGAGUGCCUCUCAUAGCAGGUUGCAGUCUCAGUCAGGAGACAUGAUGACGCAGCCGCUAUUUGGGGACGGCGCACUAUCGCAGACUAAGGUCUCUGUUAGUGCGAUUCAGACCCAUGCUGCGUUCACGGAGGGCCUGAUUACUACGGUUACGGGUAUAACCAAUGUAUCGGCGCCCCCCACCUCUCACAGAACACGCUGAUGCUCACCACACUGAGUGUGGCUCAACCCACCAGAGGUGCAGAGUUGAACACACACAGAAGGUGAAGGUUAAGAAGGUAUCAAGGCGCCGCCUUGUGUUACCUCAUAGAGACCUCAUAUUACAGACUCCUAGGAGUAUUAUAGUGAGGGGCUCUAAUAGCGAAUUGCAGUCAUCUGGGAUGAUGACGCAAUCGCUUGCUGGGGAUGGUGCCCUGUCGCAUGCUGUGGCCUCGGUCAGUGCAAUUCAGACCUGCGCUGCGUUCACGGAGGGCAGGAAUACGACGGUUACGGGUUUAACUGACGUCUCUGCCCCUCCUCCUCUUUCAGAGCGCACUAAUGUUUCCUCUCUCUUUCAUGGGAGGCCCGCCUUGGGCUGUUCCACCACCUCAGUGUUGGAGAACAGCGGCGGCAAGGGCCAUAGAGGAAUACAGGUCCUUCCUACUGAAUGUACCACAGCUUCGCGCUCGGCCGCUUUCUCUGCAUUGCUGGCAGUGGCAGCGAAGCUGCACCCUCUCAUGCUGGCUAGAACAGACGUUGCAGAAGGGUUAUGCUCUCCAAUUCCAUCGGACCCCCACCCCCAUUCAGGGGAGUGGUGGAGACGGUGAUGAAAACGCCCGAAAAAGUGGCCGCUCUGGUUUCAGAGAUUACGGAACUUUUGGCGAAGGAGGUGGUCACAGUAGUUCCCCAGGAGCAAAGGAACAAGGGGCUAUAUUCGCCCUACUUGCUGGUGCCCAAAAAGACGGGGGGAAUGAGGCCGAUAUUGGAUUUACGCAUUCUCAACGAGAGCGUAACCAAACGGCCCUUUCGAAUGCUAACGACAAAAUGUCUGCUGGAAUGUGUCCAGAAAGGAGACUUAUGUACGAGCAUAGACCUAAAGGACGCGUACUUUCAUGUGCCAAUACAGCCGCGUCACAGGAAGUUUCUGCGAUUCGCCUUUCAAGGCGUGGCGUACGAAUACACGAGGAUGCCAUUUGGGUACGCCCUGGCACUCGCACGUUUUCCAAGUGUGUGGAGGCGGCAUUGGAACCGUUGCGUCGUCAGGGAAUACGGCUACUAGCCUACCUAGACGACCUACUGGUUCUCGCCCCGUCAGCAGAGCUGGCGAUCACUCACACGACACAGACAGUGAUUCAUCUCACACGUCUGGGGUUCGCUGUGAAUUGGAAAAAGAGCGCGCCCUGGCCCAGUCAUCAGAUUGUCUACCUGGGGAUACAGCUAGACACUGUAAUGAUGAGGGCUCGAAUUUCGGACCCCCGAAGGGUAGCCUUGUUGCUAGCCCUGAGGAAGUGUCGUCCGAAUCACACGGUGACGGCGCUGUCUAUCAUGUCACUUUUGGGUCUCAUGUCGUCAGCCCACUCUGUGGUUCCGCUUGGGACUCCUGCACAUGCGCAGGAUGCAGCGAUGGUUCGCCCAACUAAGACUAGACCCAUUGCGUCAACGUCAUCGGUUGGUGGUGGUUCCCACUCACUCAGGGCAGAUCUGAACUAUUGGAGAUACCCGCACAUUCUCACGCACGGAGUCCCGAUAGGCAAAGUGUCCUCUUACAUCCCAGUGUUCACAGAUGCGUCUCUGACUGGAUGGGGAGGGUCAGACCCAAGCGAUAGGAGGUGUGUGGCCUCUUUCGAGUCGCCACAUCAACCUCUUGGAGUUGGAAACGGUUCGACUGGUUUUGACCCACUUCGCGUCUACCCUUCGGGGUCGCGAUGUACUGGUCUGGUCAGACAACCGGACCACAGUAGCCCACAUAAAUCGCCAGGGAGGAGUCAGGUCUCCUGCUCUCCAUCGGGCGGCAGAGGAAUUGUGGCUGUGGGCUCACGAGCACCUUCGCUCAUUGAGAGCAGCACACAUUCCGGGCUACUUGAACGUAGGAGCAGACCUCAUGUCAAGAGGGGGUCCUCGAGACGACGAGUGGUGUCUGCAUCCGGACAUUGUUCUCCAAAGUUGGGAACAGUUCGGGAGAGCCGAGGUGGAUCUAUUCGCGUCACACAUUAACGUGCAAUGUCCUCUAUGGUUCUCUCUGCGGGAACAGGACGAACCGCCACUGGGAAGAGACGCUUUUGCACACCACCCGUGGCCGAGAGUUCUUCUGUAUGCAUUCCCUCCGCUGUCCUGCAUUCUCAAACUGUUAGCCAGGGUGAGGUCAGGAGGGCUGUCAGUGAUAUUGAUAGCCCCCGAUCGCCCAGGGGCUCCUUGGUUUGCGGAGAUGAGUCAGAUGUUGAUUGCGCCACCUUGGCCAAUUCCACAUCGACGGGACGCGUUGUCUCAGGCGGAGGGCACGAUAAGGCAGUUGCCCAUAUCGGCCAACCACUGAAGGCCUGGCUGCUGAGAGGGACAGGCUAGAGCGCCGUGGGUUAUCUGAUGCAGUGAUCAGGACCAUACAGGGUUCACGUGCCAGUUCCACUUCCAGGAUGUAUGCCAGUAGAUGGAACGUGUUUUCACGAUGGUGUGUCACACAAGGUGUAGACCCCAUGAGCUGUCAGGUUGAGAGUAUUCUCUCUUUCCUACAGCUUAUGUUUGAUAAGCAGCGAUCGCCCACCACCAUUAAGGUGUUUGCAGCGGCGAUUUCAGCUUGUCACAAGGGGUUUGGCAGAGACAAUGUCUUUAGCCACCCUCUAGUGAAACGUUUCCUAUUAGGAACGCGGCGGCUUAGGCCAACACCUAGAGCCACGCUUCCUCAGUGGGAUUUGGCUUUGGUACUCGAAGCGCUAUGUAAGUUGCCGUUCGAGCCAUUGAAUCAAAUACCCCUCAAGAUGCUGUCUAUGAAGACGGCACUGUUGCUCGCUUUGACUACUGCUAAGCGUGUCAGUGAUUUGUGUGCUCUUUCGACGAGACCCGACUGCCUGGCCAUUAAUGGCGAUCUGAGCAGAGCGGUGUUACGUCCUAACCCGGCAUUUGUGCCGAAGGUUAUUAGGAGUUCAUAUAGAUCACAGACCGUGGAGCUGUGGGCUUUUUCUCCCCCUCCUCAUAGGGAGAGGAGUGAGGAAAGGCUCCAUCGCCUGUGCCCAGUACGCGCCUUGGCGUGUUACGUUGAGCGCACAGCAGCGAUUAGGUCAUCGCCUCAGCUGUUUGUGUGUCACGGUGCGGCUGCACUAGGUAGACCACUUUCGAAACAGCGUCUGUCUCAUUGGCUUUGUGAGGGCAUUGAGACAGCUUAUGAGGCAGCGGGGCGACAAUUGCCUCAGGGUAUCAGAGCUCACUCCACUCGUGGAGUAGCAGCUUCUACUGCCCUUUUCAGAGGAACAGGGGUAGAGGAUAUAUGUAGAGCGGCGUCAUGAUCAACACCGUCUCCAUUUAUCCGUUUCUAUCUCUUGGAUAUGUCUUCUAACUCUUUGGCUCAGUCUGUACUCAGCGUAGCUGAAGGGAGAACUAGAGCUAGGAGGAGAGGAAUGCAGGACUGUGGAGACAGGGUCUCCAUCAGGUCCGCUUCUGAUAGAAGGACAUAUUUUUGGCAUGACUCCUGACUGACAGGUUCAGUACAGUAGAGGGCAUGUAUUUAUCUGCCCACCAGUGAUUCACUGGAGUGAGGCGGAAUGAUGGGGGAUAAUAGUAGUAACUUAGUUACGAUUUUUAUUUGACGGAAUGUGACGUCAUCUAUCUGCUUGUUCAGAUUAGUAUGAAUCAUGUUCUGGGAUCUGCCCACUAAUCUCUGGGGUUCCAUUGAUGGAGUGAGGCGGCCUACCGUGUACACAAUGUAGAGUGACACUUUGUGUUAUUCCAUUAGUGGUCGGUAGUAUUGUAACAGGAUAUUGAGGUACCAUCUAUCUGCUAGUACAGAUUAGUAGGGCCUGUAUUCUGGUGAUCUGCCCACUAGUCAUUGGUGUUGCCAUUGGACUAGGUGGGGCGGGUUUUUAACCGAUGACGCAGUAUAUUGUGACACUUGUAUGGUUACAGUGGUUGCAGUACUGCGGGAAUUGGUUGCAGCCAUUGCUAGGCCUGACCUUUUCAUUUUGAUGGGAAGUGUUGGGCUCGGCAGGGAGUACAUUUUGGAGCGCUACGCUCCGCCUUAAACCAAUAGGAGCAGAGCUCCCCUAUGGGGCGGAGCUCCACGAUAUAGAACGAUUAGUUACCGGAGUGUAACUCCAGUUCUAUGAGUGGAGCGGAGCCCCAUAGGACUUAAGGCCUUGCCGACCCUCUAGUCUCGCUGAAGAUAAAUAUCUCGGGAGGCUGAAUGAGGGGAGGCAUCCCCUCUUAUAGGGACACCUGUACUCCUAUUGGCUGCAGGUGUGUGCAUAAUUUUGUCUCAGGCUGAUGCUGCCUUAGGGCAGUGGGUAAACCAAUAGGAGCAGAGCUCCCCUAUGGGGCUCCGCUCCACUCAUAGAACUGGAGUUACACUCCGGUAAAUAAUCGUUCACUUGUAGCAGCGCAAGAAAAAGUAUCUCUGACUCCCCGUAGCCCACAGACGCCAUGAGGAUUUUUUGCGAAAUGUAUCCGAGGCCCGAGUGGUUGGUUACGGUUGCUAAGCUGUGAUUGGACAAUCGCUCUUCGGGGGCGGAGUUUAGCGAAUGGUCAAUUGUAUACAGCACUACAGCGCAGAUGGUUUAGUUCUAAAAAAAUAUUUGACUACAGCUUUUUGCUAUUGCAUCACUCACUACACUACCAUUCUCAUUGUCUCAUUUCGAUAGACGUUAACCAGUCCUGUCUCGAUAGAGAGUGAGGUCUUGUUGUAAUGUCUGGUUGACUUGACCUGCUUCCAUUUGUAUUUCUGUGAUAGCUCGUCUGCUCUGGCAGCUGUGGGUCCACCUAACGUCAUGCACAGCCUGGUGGCAGCGGUGGAGUCACUGUGUAAGAUCCCAGACAGGGUGGCCAUCAGGUGGCGCAUUAUCUGCCUCACAAACGCCUCAUAA